AGGCAGGUGUGGUUCAGGGCUGGAGUUGCGUAAGACCUCCUUGAAUAUUUAAAAAUGCGAUUUCACAAAGCACUUCAAAACUUUUCUGACCUACCAAUUCAGCGCAUUUUCCACUUUGAGAUCACAGGACGAGAGGAUGGCAGCACGAGUGUCCUGCUCGCUGAUUGCUGUUUUGUUGUGUCUGGUCAAAGGACCUGUCACAGGAGCCAUUGAUUUGGAUAAAGAGUUGUUACCAGGAGCCGUUGAUUUGGAUAAGGAGUUGUUACCAGGAGCAAAGCCAGGAAUGUGUCCAAGAAACAAACCUGAUGUAGUAGGCUUGUGUGCUGAGAUGUGCUUCCAUGACAGUGACUGUCCGAACAAUGAGAAAUGCUGCAGCAAUGGAUGUGGACAUCAGUGUAUCCCUCCAUAUAGAGCAGAAAAGCCAGGAAUGUGUCCAAGAAACAAACCUGAUGUAGUAGGCUUGUGUGCUGAGAUGUGUUCUGAUGACAGUGACUGUCCAAACAAUGAGAAAUGCUGCAGCAAUGGAUGUGGACAUGAGUGUAUGCCUCCAUAUAGAGCAGAAAAGCCAGGAGUGUGUCCAAGGGAAGUAAAAAGGUGUGACAGGUUAAUGUCAUGUGCCAAUGACACUGACUGUCCGAAAGAUCAAAAAUGCUGCAGCACUAGAUGUGGACGUAAAUGUGCACGUCCAAAGUGAGACCUGCUCCAUGUCUCAAACCAAAUGUGUGCUGACAACUCUUCCCAUGAUGAUCAAUAUCCUGCCAGACAGAUGUGUUGCCCAGCCACCUGCAGUCAUGUCUGCAGCUAAUAGUCCUCGAUUGUUGGUUGUGUUUUCUUCUUUCUCUGUCUCUCUAUGCUAUACUUAAAAUCUUUUGCAUUUACUAAAUAAAUCUUAUUGCU